AUGGAUCAACUGAUCUGUACAGAACUUCGUAAGGGUCCAUCUGGAGCUCCUAUGGCUAAACUGACGGUCUUUGGGUUGACUCUGUUUGGAAGCGUGAAUGGAUCUGAGCCUGAUAUGCCACGCUUACAGUCGUUACAUUGUGAUGUUCAUUUGGAUCUAGCAUUGAACAAGUUAUGGGAGUUAGAGGAAGUUUCGCAAAAAACGUAUCUUACGCAUGAGGAGCGUUACUGUGAAGACCAUUUUGAAACAACGCAUCGAAGGGAGCCUAACGGACGGUUUGUUUUCGAAUUGCCGCUGAAGCCCGAUGUAGCACUGGGAGAGUCGCGAAACUUUGCUAUCCGGAAUUUGUUACGACUUGAAAGAAGACUCGCUUGUGACUCCGAUCUUCAUUUACGCUACAAUGAAUUCAUGAAUGAACUCAUUGACAUGAAACAUAUGCAGGUCACGUCAGAGACUACGAAUCCAACGUAUUAUUUGCCUCAUCAUCCUGUUUUAAAGGAAAGCAGUAUCACGACCAAAUUGAGGGUUGUAUUUAACGCGUCCGCAAAAUCGACUUCCGGAAAUUCGCUGAAUGACGCAUUAUUUGUAGGACCUCAAUUGCAAGAAGAUUUGUACACGAUCUUACUUCGCUUUAGAACACACCGCUAUGCUGUAACGGCAGAUGUCGCCAAAAUGUAUCGUCAAAUUAGCGUAUCCUUAAAACACGCCGAUUUGCAACGCACCGUAUGGCGCAGCCACCCAUCCCUGCCUAUCCAAGAUUUUCGCAUGGUUCGCGUAACGUACGGAGUGGCAGCUGCGUCUCAUCUAGCUGUCCGAUCACUUCAACAGACGGCAAGAGAUUCGUCGAAUGGUUGUGCUAGGGCUGUUAGUAUUAUUCUCAAGGAUUUUUACAUGGAUGAUCUACUUACUGGUGCAUCUAGUAAAGAAGAACUUCGAUUGUUGCAGCAAAAUAUUUCCGAAAUAUUGAGGGAAGGGGGGUUUGAACUUCGUAAGUGGGAAUCGAACUGCGCUGUACUAAUCGCAAGCAUUUCCAAUGCAUCUACGAACAUAUCACAUUAUAUAGUGGACGAUAAGGAUGUUCACGUUUACCAUUAA